UCACUAUUACCUGCUUUGGUGACGGGAAGCCCACAGUGGCAACGAUGAGGUGGAGAUCUGUGUGGUUGUGUUUUCUGGCUUUGUCUGUCACCAAUGUCAUCGAGGUCCAAGCCAGACUGGUCCACAACCAUGUCAGCAGCAUCUGCAGCACCUGGGGCAGAGAGCACUUCAAGACAUUUGAUGGUGAUGUGUACCAGUUUCCUGGUACAUGUGAGUACAACCUGGUCUCCGACUGCCACGAGUCCUACCAGGAGUUCUCUGUGCACGUGAAGAGGACAGAAAACGAUGGAAACCCUACAGUCAGUUACGUGGUGGUCACCAUCAAUGACCUGUCGUUCCACCUCAGCAAGACUUCAAUCACAGAAAAUGACGUGCCUGUCAACUUGCCAUAUUACAAGGCAGGAGUGCAAGUGGAAAAAAAUGCAGUUUACAUCAAGCUCCAGUCCAAAGUUGGCAUCACUGUCAUGUGGAACGGUGACGAUGCAGUCAUGGUGGAACUUGACCAUGAAUAUGCUAGUCUUACUUGUGGACUUUGUGGAGACUUCAAUGGUGUUUCAGUCUACGAUGAGUUCAUUCAUAAUGGUCGCAAAAUCAGCCCCAUUGAGUUUGGCAACAAACACAAAGUCCAUCGCUCAAAUGACGAUUGUGAGGACCCUUAUGAAGAGGAGGAUGAAUCACUGGAGUCUGUUUCUGAGUCAUGCAAGGAGUUUCAAACCAUCUGUGAGGAGAAGCUGCGUUCAGAGUCCUGGAGCUCCUGCACCAAACUGAUCAACCCUGCACCGUACAUCCAGGCCUGUGUGCAGGACAUGUGCAGCUGCACCAACAGCUCAGAAGACUUCUGUGUCUGCAGCACACUUUCUGAGUUCUCCCGACAGUGUUCUCAUGCAGAAGGAGAACCUCCCAGCUGGAGAACGCCUCAGUUCUGUGCUAAACAGUGCCCGUUCAACAUGGUUUAUGAAGAGAGCGGUUCUCCUUGCAUGGACACCUGCACACAUCAAGACACAAGUUCACUGUGUGAGGAACACAAAAUGGACGGCUGCUUCUGUCCUCCUGGAACUGUGUUUGAUGAUAUUUCCAUGAGGGGGUGCAUUGCUCAGUCUGAAUGUCAGUGCAAGCACAGCAAAGUCUAUAACUCUGGGGAGAUUUACCAACAGGACCGAGAGAAAUGCACAUGCCUUGAGGGCCGAUGGGCUUGUGAGAUUCUUCAAACUCCUGCUACGUGUGCCGUUGAAGAGGGUUCACAUGUAACUACCUUUGAUGGGAAAACUUACACCUUCCAUGGAGAGUGUUACUACACUCUGGCCAAAGUGGAAAGCAAGGAUGCUACAAGCCCAAAGUUUACCAUCCUGGUCCAACUGGUGCCUUGUGCAAACCAAGAGUUUGACACUUGUCUGAAGAAUGUUAAAAUCCUGCUAAACAACGACAAAAACAAUGUGUUAACAUUCACUUCUGAUGGCACAGUAAAGCAGAACAUGCAGACCAUCAGUUUGCCGUACCACACAGGAGACAUCAGCAUAUUCCAUGCCUCAUCCUUUCACAUCUUGCUCCAGACCAGUUUCGGGUUACAGAUUCAGAUCCAGCAUGUGCCUCUCAUGCAAGUCUAUGUCAGCCUGGAACAGAGCUACAGAGCAAAGACUCGUGGUCUAUGUGGGAACUACAACAUGGUCCUGUCUGAUGACAUGAAGACUCCUCAAGGGAUCAUUGAGGGAACUGCAGCAACUUUUAGUAACUCUUGGAAGGCAAACCUCGUGUGCCAAGACAGAGAGGAGCGACUGGAUGACCCCUGUUCUCUCAGUGUGGAAAAUGAGAAGUACGCCAAACAUUGGUGCGCUUUGCUGCUCGGCCCAAAUAAUACCUUCACACAAUGCCAUUCAGUGGUGGAUCCUGAGAUAUACUACAAGCGAUGCACUUAUGCGAGCUGUAACUGUGAGAAGAGCGAGGCCUGCCUGUGUGCCGUCUUCUCCUCCUACACAAGAGCUUGUGCAUCAAAAGGAGUGUUCUUGAUAGACUGGAGAGAGAAAGUGUGCGGUAAAUACACAGAGAGCUGCCCAGCAUCUCAGACCUUCUCUUACAAGCAUCAGAGAUGCCAGUUGACUUGCAAAUCAUUGGGCUCAGUACAGCAGAGCUGCAUCUCUGACUUCUUGCCUGUGGAUGGCUGCUCCUGCUCUGAGGGUCUCUACCAAAAUGAAAACGGUAUCUGCGUCCCCAUGGAAAAAUGUCCCUGUUACCAUAAUGAAGUGUACAUUAAGCCAGGAAAGUCCAUCAGCAUCAAAGAUGAACACUGUGUGUGCACCAACGGAGUGCUUCAUUGCCAUUCUUGGAGACUCCGCUCAUCAGCAUGCCCUUCUCCAAAAGUAUUCUUCAACUGCUCUGCAACGGUUGCAGAAGAGCUGGGACUGCAGUGUGCUCGAACUUGCUUAAAUCUGGAUAGCGAUGACUGCAUUUCCACAGAUUGCGAAUCUGGCUGUGUGUGUCCCGGUGGCCUCCUUGAUGAUGGUAAAGGUUCCUGUGUCAAUGAAAAUGAGUGUCCAUGUCAGCAUAAUGGCCAUCUCUAUAUCCCAGGAGCACAAAUUCCUAACCAGUGCAACACCUGUACCUGCAAAGGUGGAAAGUGGAAAUGCACAGAAGAAAAGUGUCCAGGAACUUGCAUUAUUUAUGGAAGUGGUCACUAUGAAACAUUUGACCAGCAAACAUAUGGAUUUCAAGGACAUUGUGCCUAUGUUGCUGUCAAGAACAACUGUGGCAACAAACAAGUGCAGGAUAAAUUUGGAGUUAUUACAGAAAAUGUACCAUGUGGAACUACAGGCACCACAUGCUCCAAAACUGUCAGAAUUCACCUGGGGCGAAAGGAAAUCAAACUCUCAAAGGGUAAAUAUGAAGAGUCGGAUCUGGGCAAUGGCACUGAGAUUCAGUACAGAAUAAGAAAGGUCGGCUUGUACCUGGUCGUAGAGUCUGCCAUUGGUUUGGCAGUGAUGUGGGAUCGCAAAACAACUGUUCGCAUCCUACUGGAACCACAGCACAGCGGAGAGGUUUGUGGCCUGUGUGGAAAUUUUGAUGGUGAUGGACAGAAUGACUUCACCACCUCCGGUCAGCUGGUAGUGAGCAAUCCAUUAGAAUUUGCCAACAGCUGGAAAGUGUCCAGCAACUGCCCAGAUGUGGAAGUGAAUGUUAAUCCUUGUGAAGCAACACCAAAUCGACAUCACUGGGCAAAAAUGAAGUGCAGCAUUAUAACUGGACAAACGUUCAAAGACUGCCACAAUAAGGUGGAUCCCCGUCCAUUUCAUGACAACUGUGUGAAAGACUCGUGUGCCUGUGACUCUGGAGGGGACUGUGAGUGUUUCUGCACAGCUGUUGCAGCUUACGCUCAAGCUUGUAAUGAGGCCGGUGUUUGUGUUGCAUGGAGAACUCCAGACAUCUGUCCUGUCUUUUGUGAUUACUACAACAGCCCAGAUGACUGCAAGUGGCACUACAACCCUUGCCACACUCCUUGCUACAAGACGUGUUUGAAUCCACAAGGAAUUUGUAGCAAUCCAAUACCCAACCUAGAAGGCUGUUACCCUGUAUGCCCAGAAGAUAAACCUAUAUUUGAUGAGAAGAACCAGACAUGUGUGGACAUAUGUCCCUAUUGCAUUUACAACGGGACUGUAUAUGAAGAAAAUGAAGUUAUUUACAAUGUGACUGACAAUUUGGGAAUGUGUUACUAUGCAAUCUGCAUUAAUGCAACAGUGAUACAUGGAAAUCAAUCAUGCAAUAUUACAACCCCUACUACAACUGUAGGACCAACUGCAACAACUACAAUUCCAACCACCCAACCUCCGACUACAACUCCACUUCCAACUACAACCACAACAAUUACAACCAAACCCCCUACUACAACUGCAGGGCCAACGACAACCCCAAUAACCCAACCUCCUACGACAACUGCAGGCCCACCCACAACCACAACAGCAACAACCCCAAAAACCCAACCUCCUACGACAACUGCAGCCCCAACCACAACUAAUCCUUGUAUCACGUGUGAGUGGUCAGACUGGUAUAACGUGCAUGAUCCAAGUACAGAUCACAGUGACUGGGAAACAUAUGAGAAUAUCACAAAUAGUGGUCUACAAAUAUGUGACAAACGCUGGUUUAUUGAUUGUCGAGCUGUUCAUUUCCCGGACAUGGACUUCAAUGACUAUAAAAAUCAAACUGGCCAAAUUGUUAGUUGUGAUGUGGAUUAUGGAUUGAUAUGUAAAGUAGAGGACCAGUCAAGACCUCCACGAAAGUGCUUUGACUACAAGAUCAGAGUAUGUUGUGAGGUAAAUACAUGUGUAUCGACAACCCCAACUCCAGGCUUAACCACAACCACGACAAUCACAACCCCAACAUCCCAACCUCCGACUACAACUGAAGGCCCAACCACAACAGUUACAGCCCAGUCUCCUACUCCAACGGCAGGACUAACUACAACAACUACAACCCCAACAACCCAACCUCCUACGACAACUGCAGGACCUACCACAACCACAACAGUAACAACCCCAACAACCCAACCUCCGACGACAACUGCAGGUCCAACCACAGCCAUAAUAGUUACAACCCCAACUACCGAGCCUCCGACUACAACUGCAAGUCCAAUGACAACCACAACACUUAGAACUCCAACUACACAACACCCUACUACAACUCCAGGAGCAACAACAACAUCUACAACGCCAACAACCCAACCUCCUACUACAACUGUAGGUUCUACCACAACCACAACAGUUACAACCCAACCUCCUACUACAACUGCAGGUCCAACGACAACACUACGAACCCAACCUCCUACUACAUCAGCAGCCCCGACCACAACUAAUCCUUGUAUCACGUGUGAGUGGUCAGACUGGUAUAAUGUGCAUGAUCCAAGUACGGAUCACAGUGACUGGGAAACAUAUGAGAACAUCACAAACAGUGGUCUACAAAUAUGUGACAAACGCUGGUUUAUUGAUUGUCGAGCUGUUCAUUUCCCGGACUUGGACUUCAAUGACUAUAAAAAUCAAACUGGCCAAAUUGUUAGUUGUGAUGUGGAUUAUGGAUUGAUAUGUAAAGUAGAGGACCAGUCAAGACCUCCACGAAAGUGCUUUGACUACAAGAUCAGAGUAUGUUGUGAGGUAAAUACAUGUGUAUCGACAACCCCAACUCCAGGCUUAACCACAACCACGACAAUCACAACCCCAACAUCCCAACCUCCGACUACAACUGAAGGCCCAACCACAACAGUUACAGCCCAGUCUCCUACUCCAACGGCAGGACUAACUACAACAACUACAACCCCAACAACCCAACCUCCUACGACAACUGCAGGACCUACCACAACCACAAUAGUAACAACCCCAACAACCCAACCUCCGACGACAACUGCAGGUCCAACCACAGCCAUAAUAGUUACAACCCCAACUACCGAGCCUCCGACUACAACUGCAAGUCCAAUGACAACCACAACACUUAGAACUCCAACUACACAACACCCUACUACAACUCCAGGAGCAACAACAACAUCUACAACGCCAACAACCCAACCUCCUACUACAACUGUAGGUUCUACCACAACCACAACAGUUACAACCCAACCUCCUACUACAACUGCAGGUCCAACGACAACACUACGAACCCAACCUCCUACUACAUCAGCAGCCCCGACCACAACUAAUCCUUGUAUCACGUGUGAGUGGUCAGACUGGUAUAAUGUGCAUGAUCCAAGUACGGAUCACAGUGACUGGGAAACAUAUGAGAACAUCACAAACAGUGGUCUACAAAUAUGUGACAAACGCUGGUUUAUUGAUUGUCGAGCUGUUCAUUUCCCGGACAUGGACUUCAAUGACUAUAAAAAUCAAACUGGCCAAGUCGUCAGUUGUGAUGUGGAUUAUGGAUUGAUAUGUAAAGUAGAGGACCAGUCAAGACCUCCACGAAAGUGCUUUGACUACAAGAUCAGAGUAUGUUGUGAAGUAAAUAUAUGUGUAUCGACAACCCCAACAGCCCAACCUCCUACGACAACCAUGGGACCAACUACAACGACUACAACCCCAACAACCCAAUCUCCUACUACUGCAGGACCAACAACAACCACAAUAACGACAACACCCAUCACUGUAGCUACUGUCAAAACUGGAGGCCCAAUCACAAAAUCACCUACACCAACCGCAAAACCAGUUGUAGCUGAAUCCACAACAGUUACAACCACAAUACAGCAACCUCCUACUACAACCACUGGCCCAACGACAACAACCCAACCUCCUACUACAACAGGCACAACCACAAGAGUUACAACUCCAACAACUCAACCUCCUACUACAACUACAAGUCCAACUACAACCACAGCCGUUACAACUCCAACAACCCAACCUCCUACUACAACUACAAGUCCAACUACAACCACAACCGUUACAACUCCAACAACCCAACCUCCUACUACAACUACAAGUCCACCUACAACCACAACCGUUACAACUCCAACAACCCAACCUCCUACUACAACUACAAGUCCAACUACAGCCACAACAUCUACAACUCCAACAACCCAACCUCCUACUACAACUACAAGUCCAACUACAACCACAACCGUUACAACUCCAACAACCCAACCUCCUACUACAACUACAAGUCCAACCACAACUACAACAGUGACAGCUCCAACAACUCAACCUCCUACUACAACUACAAGUCCAACCACAACCACAACAGUUACAACCCCAACAACCCAACCUCCUACUACAACUACAAGUCCAACCACAACCACAAGAGUUACAACUCCAACAACCCAACCUCCUACUACAACUACAAGUCCAACUACAACCACAACCAUUACAACUCCAACAACCCAACCUUCCACUACAACUGCAAGUCCAACCACAACAGUUACAACUCCAACAACCCAACCUCCUACUACAACUACAAGUCCAACUACAACCACAACCGUUACAACUCCAACAACCCAACCUCCUACUACAACUACAAGUCCAACUACAGCCACAACAUCUACAACUCCAACAACCCAACCUCCUACUACAACUGCAAGUCCAACUACAACAGUUACAACUCCAACAACCCAACCUCCUACUACAACUACAAGUCCAACUACAACCACAACCGUUACAACUCCAACAACCCAACCUCCUACUACAACUACAAGUCCAACUACAGCCACAGCAUCUACAACUCCAACAACCCAACCUCCUACUACAACUGCAAGUCCAACUACAACCACAACCGUUACAACUCCAACAACCCAACCUCCUACUACAACUACAAGUCCAACCACAACCACAACAGUGACAACUCCAACAACUCAACCUCCUACUACAACGGCAAGUCCAACUACAACCACAACCGUUACAACUCCGACAACCCAACCUCCUACUACAACUACAAGUCCAACCACAACCACAGCAUCUACAACUCCAACAACCCAACCUCCUACUACAACUACAAGUCCAACUACAACCACAUCUACAACUCCAACAACCCAACCUCCUACUACAACUACAAAUCCAACCACAACCACAACCAUUACAACUCCAACAACCCAACCUCCCACUACAACUACAAGUCCAACCACAACCACAGCAUCUACAACUCCAACAACCCAACCUCCUACUACAAUUACAAGUCCAACCACAACAUCUACAACUCCAACAACUCAACCUCCUACUACAACUACAAGUCCAACUACAACCACAACCGUUACAACUCCAACAACCCAACCUCCUACUACAACUACAAGUCCAACUACAACCACAACCGUUACAACUCCAACAACCCAACCUCCUACUACAACUACAAGUCCAACUACAACCACAACCGUUACAACUCCAACAACCCAACCUCCUACUACAACUACAAGUCCAACCACAACCACAACAGUGACAACUCCAACAACUCAACCUCCUACUACAACGACAGGUCCAACUACAACCACAACCGUUACAACUCUGACAACCCAACCUCCUACUACAACUACAAGUCCAACCACAACCACAGCAUCUACAACUCCAACAACCCAACCUUCUACUGCAACUACAAGUCCAAAAACAACAUCUACAACUCCAACAACCCAACCUCCUACUACAACUACAAGUCCAACUACAACCACAUCUACAACUCCAACAACCCAACCUCCUACUACAACUACAAAUCCAACCACAACCACAACCAUUACAACUCCAACAACCCAACCUCCUACUACAACUACAAGUCCAACUACAACCACAACCGUUACAACUCCAACAACCCAACCUCCUACUACAACUACAAGUCCAACUACAACCACAACCAUUACAACUCCAACAACCCAACCUCCUACUACAACUACAAGUCCAACCACAACCACAAUAGUUACAACUCCAACAACUCAAUCUCCUACUACAACGACAGGUCCAACUACAACCACAACCAUUACAACUCCAACAACCCAACCUCCUACUACAACUACAAGUCCAACCACAACCACAAUAUCUACAACUCCAACAACCCAACCUCCUACUACAUCUACAAGUCCAACCACAACAUCUACAACUCCAACAACCCAACCUCCUACUACAACUACAAGUCCAACCACAACCAUUACAACUCCAACAACCCAACCUCCUACUACAACUACAAGUCCAACCACAACCACAACAGUGACAACUCCAACAACUCAACCUCCUACUACAACGGCAAGUCCAACUACAACCACAACCGUUACAACUCCGACAACCCAACCUCCUACUACAACUACAAGUCCAACCACAACCACAGCAUCUACAACUCCAACAACCCAACCUCCUACUACAACUACAAGUCCAACUACAACCACAUCUACAACUCCAACAACCCAACCUCCUACUACAACUACAAAUCCAACCACAACCACAACCAUUACAACUCCAACAACCCAACCUCCCACUACAACUACAAGUCCAACCACAACCACAGCAUCUACAACUCCAACAACCCAACCUCCUACUACAAUUACAAGUCCAACCACAACAUCUACAACUCCAACAACUCAACCUCCUACUACAACUACAAGUCCAACUACAACCACAACCGUUACAACUCCAACAACCCAACCUCCUACUACAACUACAAGUCCAACUACAACCACAACCGUUACAACUCCAACAACCCAACCUCCUACUACAACUACAAGUCCAACUACAACCACAACCGUUACAACUCCAACAACCCAACCUCCUACUACAACUACAAGUCCAACCACAACCACAACAGUGACAACUCCAACAACUCAACCUCCUACUACAACGACAGGUCCAACUACAACCACAACCGUUACAACUCUGACAACCCAACCUCCUACUACAACUACAAGUCCAACCACAACCACAGCAUCUACAACUCCAACAACCCAACCUUCUACUGCAACUACAAGUCCAAAAACAACAUCUACAACUCCAACAACCCAACCUCCUACUACAACUACAAGUCCAACUACAACCACAUCUACAACUCCAACAACCCAACCUCCUACUACAACUACAAAUCCAACCACAACCACAACCAUUACAACUCCAACAACCCAACCUUCUACUGCAACUACAAGUCCAAAAACAACAUCUACAACUCCAACAACCCAACCUCCUACUACAACUACAAGUCCAACUACAACCACAACCAUUACAACUCCAACAACCCAACCUCCUACUACAACUACAAGUCCAACCACAACCACAAUAGUUACAACUCCAACAACUCAAUCUCCUACUACAACGACAGGUCCAACUACAACCACAACCAUUACAACUCCAACAACCCAACCUCCUACUACAACUACAAGUCCAACCACAACCACAAUAUCUACAACUCCAACAACCCAACCUCCUACUACAUCUACAAGUCCAACCACAACAUCUACAACUCCAACAACCCAACCUCCUACUACAACUACAAGUCCAACCACAACCAUUACAACUCCAACAACCCAACCUCCUACUACAACUACAAGUCCAACCACAACAUCUACAACUCCAACAACUCAACCUCCUACUACAACUACAAGUCCAACUACACCCACAACCGUUACAACUCCAACAACCCAACCCCCUACUACAACUACAAGUCCAACCACAACCACAACAUCUACAACUCCAACAACUGAACCUCCUACUACAACGACAAGUCCAAUUACAACCACAACCAUUACAACUCCAACAACCCAACCUCCUACUACAACUACAAGUCCAACCACAACAUCUACAACUCCAACAACUCAACCUCCUACUACAACUACAAGUCCAACUACAACCACAACAUCUACAACUCCAACAGCCCAACCUCCUACUACAACUACAAGUCCAACCACAACCACAACAGUUACAACUCCAACAACCCAACCUCCUACUACAACUACAAGUCCAACCACAACCACAACCAUUACAACUCCAACAACCCAACCUCCUACUACAACUACAAGUCCAACCACAACCACAUCUACAACUCCAACAACUCAACCUCCUACUACAACGACAAGUCCAACUACAACCACAACCGUUACACCUCCAACAACCCAACCUCCUACUACAACUACAAGUCCAACCACAACAUCUACAACUCCAACAACUCAACCUCCUACUACAACUACAAGUCCAACUACAACCACAACCGUUACAACUCCAACAACCCCACCUCCUACUACAACUACAAGUCCAACCACAACAUCUACAACUCCAACAACUCAACCUCCUACUACAACUACAAGUCCAACUACAACCACAACCGUUACAACUCCAACAACGCAACCUCCUACUACAACUACAAGUCCAACUACAACCACAACAUCUACAACUCCAACAACUCAACCUCCUACUACAACUACAAGUCCAACUACAACCACAACCAUUACAACUCCAACAACCCAACCCCCUACUACAACUACAAGUCCAACCACAACCACAACAGUUACAACUCCAACAACCCAACCUCCUACUCCAACUGCAGGUACAACCACAACAUCUACAACUCCAACAACCCAACCUCCUACGACAACUACAAGUCCAGCUACAACCACAACCGUUACAACUCCAACGACCCAAACUCCUACUACAACUACAGGACCAGCUACACCAACUACAACUCCACCCACCCAACCUACUGCAACUGCAGGCUCAACCACAACAGCUACAACCCCACCAACCCAACCUCCUUCGACAACUAGUCCAACUAUGACUACAAAAUGCUUCUGUAUUUUUAAUGGCGAGAUUUAUUACCCAGGGCAGGUAAUAAUUGAUAAUAAACAUAUUGGGUCAGGCAUAUGUCUCUCAAUGAUAUGUUCUGACAUCUGUGAAAUCCACAACAAGACUGAAGAGUGUUGGACCACAACCACACCUACAUCUACACUCACACCGACAGAAAUACCACCUACGUGUCCUGAAUGGAAUGUCACACAAAAUGAGACCUUCUUCCUGUGCAACUGCACCAUGGCCAAGUGUAUUGAGAACAACACAAUUGAAAUAGUUCCAUAUGAAUGUCCGCCCAUUAAGAAUAUAACUUGUACUAAUGGAAAGAAACCAGUUCUUGUGUACGAUGAAUACUACUGCUGCCAACAUUAUGUUUGUGACUGUGUAUGUGAAGGCUGGGGAGAUCCUCAUUACAUAACUUUUGAUGGAUUCUACUACAGUUAUCAAGGGAACUGUACUUAUGUUUUAAUGGAAGAGAUUUUACCAAGACACUACCUGAAAAUUUAUAUUGAUAAUGUCUUUUGCGAUCCCACUGAAGAUGUUUCUUGUCCACGAUCACUAAUAAUAUCAUAUGGAUCAGAAGUUGUCACACUCAUUAAUCAUAACCUUCUUGGAGCACCAGAGUUGGAGGCAUUGAAAAAUGGAAAAACACUUAAACUACCCUAUUCACAGUAUGGUAUCAAAGUUGUGAAUACUGGCAUUAACCUGGUUUUGGAGAUCCCUCGCCUGCAAGUGGUCAUUACAUUUGGAAUAACUGGUUUUAGUGUUACACUGCCGUUUCAGUACUUUGGCAGCAACACACAGGGUCAUUGUGGAACAUGCACCAACAACCAGGCUGAUGACUGCAUGUUGCCUGGAGGCCAGCUGGUGGAAAGUUGCGCAGUGAUGGCGGACUACUGGCCAGCAAAGGACAUUUACCAACCCAACUGCUUGGUGCCACCUGUACUACCCACCAGUGUACCUGAACCACCAACCUUAGAACCAUGCAACGCAGACUCCAUAUGCGACCUGCUUUACAACAGUCCCUUUGCAGAGUGCCACCCCUUUGUCUCACCAGACAAUUUCUACAGAGGUUGUGUUUUUGAUAGUUGUCAUGUUUCCAACCCAGCAGUAGAGUGCACAAGUUUGCAGACUUAUGCUGCUGCUUGUGCGCAGGCCGGAGUUUGCCUCCACUGGAGGAACCACACCACGAUAUGUGCCAGUGACUGCCCAUCAAACAAAGUGUACAAACCUUGUGGUCCUGCCGAGCAACCAACCUGUGAAGACAAUCCCUAUGAACCUACUAUGAACUACACCACUGAGGGCUGCUUUUGUCCUGAUGGAAUGAAACUCUUUAACAAAGAGUCUGGAAUAUGUGUUGAAAAAUGUGGAUGUCUUGAUCCUGAGGGUAUUCCUCGUGAGUUCAAUGAGAGGUUUGAGUACAAAUGCCAGGACUGCAUCUGUGAGGAGACCACUAAGACGGUGACUUGCAAGCCUAAGGUGUGCCCAGCACUUCCCAUUGCAAACUGCACUGGUGAAGGGUUUGUUCUGGUCAACCAAACUAAUCCAUCAGACCCCUGCUGUUCUGCAUAUGUUUGCCAAUGUCAAAUCAACACUUGCCCAGUCAGCAACAAGAACUGUCCUGUUGGAUAUAAGCCAGUUAUCAGUGUUCCAGAAGGAAAAUGCUGUCCACAACAAACAUGUGAUCCGAAAAGAGUUUGUGUCCACAAAGAUGUCGAAUACCACCCCGGGUCUUCAGUUCCUGCCAACGCAUGUCAGGAUUGUACCUGUAGCAAUGAGGUCGACCCAAAAUCUGGUCUAUUCAAAAUAACUUGUGAGUUUCAGCAAUGUAAAGAAACUUGUGACAUGGGAUAUGAAUAUGUGGAAACUAUUUCUGAUGAGUGUUGUGGGAGGUGUGUACAGACACACUGUAUCCUCAGUGUUAACGGUACUAAGCAGCUCUUAGCGCAAAGAGAAACCUGGUCACCAGCUGAGAAUAAGUGUGAGCAUUACACCUGUGUUAAAAGCGGUGAGACUUUAGCAACGAUCAGUUCUCACAUUGUCUGCCCACCAUUCCAACAGAGCAACUGCCAACCUAACACAAUUCAGACUGCAGCAAAUGGCUGCUGUAAAGUUUGUGUGGAGAAGGAAAAGGGCUGCAAGUUAGCAUCUAUGAAAACCCGCGUUUCACACAAGGGCUGUCAGUCUGAACAGGAAGUCGAUAUGCCGUAUUGUGAAGGAUCUUGCAACACUUUCACCAUGUACUCUCAAGCAGCAGCAGCUAUGCAGCAUACAUGUUCCUGCUGUAAGGAGACUCGAUCCAGCAAUCGCACCGUUGACUUGUUCUGUCUGAAUGGAGAUACGAUUCCCUACACAUACAUGCAUGUGGAGGACUGUGGCUGUGGACACACGGACUGCACCAGAGCUGCAGCACCGCCUGCUCGCAGGAAGAGAAGCUUCACACUGCUGUGAUAAAGCACCUGCUGUCACUUUAACUUCAAUAUUUGUCAGAUACAAAUAUUCCUUUCCAUAUUUUUCUAACAAUCACUACACCUCUUACAAAGCAAUUGCCAUUGUAAAGAGACUAUUUAUCAAUUGAUCAAAUAAAAAGAUGCAACUCA